UAAUUCAUGUUGUUCACCACAAGCAGUGUGUUUACCGUUGUCUUUAACAAAUUUAUAUAGAUCAGGAUGGUCAAAUACUAGUAGCAUAAAUAUUGCACGAGAUUCUCACACAGCAUCCAUAUUACCAAAUGGAAAUGUUUUAAUUGCUGGUGGAUACAAUAAAUCUGUUUUAAGUAGUGCUGAAUUGUAUAACUUAUUAAGAGGAACUUGGACAAUUACUGGUAAUAUGAAUAAUGCACGAUAUUUUCACAGAGCAUCAUUAUUGUCAGAUGGAAAAGUAUUAGUUACUGGUGGAAAUGAUGGUGAAGGUCAGCAAAAAAGUGCUGAGUUGUAUGAUUCAUCAAUAGGAGCUUGGAUAUUAAUCAAUAAUAUGAAUACACCACGAGAAUAUCAUACAGCAACUGUAUUAACUGAUGGAAAAGUAUUAAUUGCUGGUGGAUAUAAUGGUAUUAUUCAAACUAGUACUGAACUCUAUGAUCCAUUAACAGGAAAUUGGACAUUCACUGGUUUAAUGAAUACACGACGACACUAUCAUACAGCAUCUAUGUUAAAAAAUGGAAAAGUCUUAGUUACUGGAGGAUAUGAUGCUAUUACUAUUUUAAAAAAUGCUGAAUUAUAUGAUCCAUCAACAGGACUUUGGACAAUUACUAGUAGUAUGAAUAAUCCACGAUAUUUUCACAGAGCAUCAUUAUUAUCAGAUGGAAAAGUAUUAGUUACUGGUGGAAAUGAUGGUGGAGGUCAGCUAAAAAGUGCUGAAUUGUAUGAUCCAUCAACAGAAACUUGGACAUUAAUCAAUAAUAUGAAUACACCACGAGAAUAUCAUAGAGCAACUAUAUUAACUGAUGGAAAAGUGUUAAUUACCGGUGGACAUAACGGUACUUUUUAUCUAAAUAGUGCUGAAUUAUAUGAUCCAUCAUCAAAAACUUGGACAAUUACUUACAGUAUGAAUAUCCCACGAAUUCGUCAUACAACAUCCUUAUUAACAAAUGGAAAAGUGUUAGUUAUCGGCGGAAAUAAUAACGACAUUUAUCUGAAUAUGACAGAAGUAUAUCAAUCAUCAUAA